GACGAAGAUGUCGCAGACGUCGAUGAUAGCGAUGAAUCGUCGAAAGUAAACACAGCACAUUAUGACGGCAAAAAGACUACGAUCUCUAUAUCCACCGAGGGAGGAAUCGAACUUUACCAGCACUGGCUAGACCAGGCGGUUUCGGGGCUUAUAGCCACUGUGGCAACUAAGAAAGCUGCACAUCAAACCUGUGCCAAAGGGGCCACUACCGUGACGGCCCAUGCGAAAUGUGUGGUGCAACUGAUUGAUAUAGAGCGCAAAUAUCAGAUGUGGAAAAAUCGAUAUGGGAAAGCGAAAAGGAUUGGUUCGAUAUUAAUUAGCGUGAUAAGCGAGAUUCGCGAAGAGGGCAAGAAACUGAAGGAGAAACGAAAAGCGAGAAAAAUGAGUAGAGUGUGCGAUAUUUUCCUAAAUGUUCCCUACGAAAGAGUGAAAUUGGGAAUCCAUGAGCAGUUUCACUUUCAGUUAUUCCUUAGGCGCCUAUACCAUCUGUUCUGCUUUGUCGAACGACUUCGAUUUGCAGGACUCAAGCUUGGAAUGAUGCUAUCUGGUCAAAAUGUCUCCAACUUCGACAAUAAAAAUAUCAAGCUGAUUUCUCCUAGACUUUUCUCCCUAGUUCCCGAAGAAAUUGAUAAUGAAGUUAUCGAUCUUCUUUCACCGUCUCUACUGGCAUUACAUGAUGAAGGUCGUGGAGUAGAAGAUGCAUUUAGUUUGGCAAAAGCUAUCAAACACUUCGAUGAACAAGGGCAUGAAGAAUGGUUGAACUUCGUUAUUGAAGCGUCUGGGGUCUCGGAUGCUGUUUCGAAAAUACGGGUGGCCGAAGACAGCCCCCGACUGGAUGAGGGGCUCAAAAAUGAACAUGGUCAACCGCUUUACUUUACAAAGGAGAAUGUAACAGAAAUGCUCGGCAAUACAGAACGGAGCAAAAUCGAAGUCUUUGAGAAGUUGCAAAAAACGUUCACUUCGGAUCAGAUGAAAGCUAUGAACACAACUGGAUACACCGUGAUGGACGAUAAGCAGUUGGAACUGGUUUACGGUCCUGGUUCACCGUAUGCUAAUGCCACCACCUUAGAGCAGCUUCGUAAUGUUCCUGCAGCUGAAAUUCCUCAUCUCAUAGAGAAUACUAUAAGGAAUUUGGCUGAUGAGGUGGUGGCAUUUAGAGCACAACGACAAAAUGAUGUAGUGUUAUCACCUUUGGUAUUGGUUUCGGUUGUUCUUGCUCCAGCAGUUGCUUCACAACCUAUUGUACUGUCACCAAUUCUCUUUGUUCCUAUAGUACUUUCUCCUGCAAUUUUCGGUGCUGUCAUCCUUUCUCCAUGGGCAUUUGUUCCAGUAAUACUCGCACCUCGUAUUAUGUCUCCUAUUAUUGUCUCUCCCAUUCUGCUUUCACCCGUCAUACUUUCUCCUCUUGCUCUUCAUCCUCUUGUACUCUCCCCUGGAGCACUUGUUCCUUUCGUUCUUAGUCCUUUUGUACUUACACCUUUUAUCAUUAAUCCAGUAGUCUUAUCACCCCUCAUUUUGACUCCCUUUUGUUUAUCACCUUUUAUCAUUGUUCCAAAUGUGUUGUCGCCCCUAAUUCUCUCUCCAUUCGUCCUUUCACCACUCAUACUCUCUCCUCCAGCGGUUUCUGCUUUCGUACUGACACCUUACGUCCUUUCGCCUAUCAUAGCUUCUCCUGGUGCUGUAUUUGCAGCAGUACUAUCUCCUUCUUGGCUCAGCUAA